AAAUUCGCUGGGUGUUUUUUGUUGUUGUUGUCGUCCUCCUCCCCCCCCGCCCCCGGCGCGAUGGCAAGGCGGCUCGGAGGGAUGCGAGGAGCAGAGCUGCGGGGGGAGGAGGCGGGGUGCUGAGCUCCGCUCGCCCUGCUGCUGCUGCUUUGUGUCUGUGUCCUGGAUUUUUCCCUUUUUUUUAUUUAUUUUUUUUUUUUUUUCUGGGAGAAGGAGCCUGUGGCAGCGGCGCCGAGGAGAGGAAGAGGAGGAGUGGCGGUGGCGAAGCUUUUGCAAUUCAUUUUCCUCCCCAGCCCCGCAUUUUCGGAGCCUCAGCAGCCAGCCGGGCUCGCGGUGCUGUGCUGGGUGUUUGUUGGGCGGGGGGAGUGUUUCCCGCACCCCACCAGGGCAGCCCCGUGCGCAGCUCUUCUUUUGUAAUAAGAUUUGUCUGGGUCGCACCCCCACCCCUCCCUUUCCCCUCCCGGUUUUUUUAGUGCGCGCUGCCUCUGCGUUCGAAAAUGGAGGUUGAAGAUGCCGAGCCCCGCGGUGCCUCCUGCUCGCGGCUCCCGAGCACGAGGCUCCGGCGCUGAGCGGGGACCGCGGAGCCCCGGGGCUCCCAUGCCGCCGCCGCCGCCUCCUCCUCCUCCUCCUCGUUGUUGUUGUUGCCGUUGAUGCAUCUUGAGUAUCUGUGUGUUUUCGGUGUGGUUGCUCCGGAAGAUCAACACCCAGGGACCUCAAAAAACCCCAUCGCUUUGCCAGCCCGAAGGGUCUUCGAUUUGUUCGUUUCUUGAGACAACGUGGAUUUAUUUACCGAGCCCCGCUUCUCGCCCGCCUUUCGCCUCCUUCGUUAUUUUUAGAGGAGAGAAAGCGAACAAUUUUGGACUCUUUUUUUUUUUUGUUUGUUUGUUUGUUUGUUUUUUUUUCGUAAAGAGGGAUUUUGUCCAAUUAAAAAAAGAGGAAUGAAGUCUGGCGCUGGAGGAGGGUCCCUCGCCGUCUUCUGGGGGUUUCUGCUCGUUUUCGCCACACUUUGUUUGUGGCCGACAACUGGGGAAAUUUGCGGGCCAAAUGUUGACAUUCGCAAUGAUAUCCAUGAGUUGAAACGCCUGGAGAACUGUACGGUAAUUGAGGGUUUCCUUCAAAUUCUGCUCAUCUCUAAAGCAGAAGAUUACCGCAACUUCCGCUUCCCAAAGCUCACUGUCAUAACAGACUAUUUGCUGCUGUUCCGUGUGGCGGGCUUGGAAAGCCUCAGUGAUCUCUUCCCCAACCUCACAGUCAUUCGUGGGAGGAACCUCUUCUACAACUAUGCCUUGGUUAUCUUUGAAAUGACAAAUCUUAAAGAGAUCGGGCUUUACAACUUGAGGAACAUAACCCGCGGGGCCAUACGGAUUGAGAAGAACUCUGACCUCUGCUACCUUUCCACGGUGGACUGGUCUCUCAUCCUAGAUGCAGUGUCCAAUAAUUACAUCGUUGGGAAUAAACCUCCAAAGGAAUGUGGGGACUUGUGUCCAGGAACAAUGGAGGAGAAGCCGUUAUGUGAGAAGACAUCAAUUAACAAUGAGUAUAACUACCGCUGCUGGACCACCAACCACUGCCAGAAAAUGUGCCCCAGCUCAUGCGGCAAGCGAGCCUGUACAGACCAAAAUGAGUGUUGCCAUCCCGAAUGCUUGGGGAGCUGCACGGCGCCUGACAACAACACUGCUUGUGUGGCCUGUCGCAAUUACUACUACGAAGGAGUCUGCAUGCCCACCUGUCCUCCCAACACUUACAAGUUCGAGGGCUGGCGCUGCGUGACUAAAGAGUUUUGCUCCAAAGUCCCUGCCACCGAAACAAGUGAAUAUGAGAGGUUUGUGAUUCACAACGAUGAGUGCAUGGCCGAAUGUCCCUCUGGAUUCAUACGCAAUGGGAGCCAAAGCAUGUUCUGCAGUCCUUGUGAGGGGCCUUGCCCCAAAAUUUGUGAGGAUGGGAAAACGAAGACCAUUGACUCUGUCACGUCAGCACAAAUGUUGCAGGGAUGCACAAUUCUCAAGGGGAAUCUGCUGAUUAACAUCCGUCGUGGAAAUAACAUCGCCUCAGAACUGGAGAAUUUUAUGGGUCUGAUUGAGACAGUAACAGGGUAUGUGAAGAUUCGCCAUUCCCAUGCUUUAGUAUCCCUGUCUUUCUUGAAGAACCUGCGGUAUAUUCUGGGAGAGGAACAGGUGGAUGGGAAUUACUCCUUCUAUGUGCUUGACAACCACAAUCUUCAGCAACUGUGGGACUGGAACCAUCAUAACUUGACAAUCAAGGAAGGAAAAAUGUACUUUGCGUUUAAUCCUAAACUGUGUGUUUCUGAGAUUUACCGUAUGGAGGAAGUUUCAGGAACCAAGGGACGACAGAGCAAAGGAGACAUAAAUCCAAGGAACAAUGGGGAGAGAGCGUCUUGUGAAAGCCACAUUCUGCAUUUUGUUUCCAACACUACGCUCAAGAAUCGGAUUAAACUAACAUGGGAACGGUAUCGCCCUCCAGAUUAUAGAGAUCUCAUUAGCUUCACUGUUUACUACAAAGAAGCACCAUUCAAAAAUGUGACAGAAUACGAUGGGCAGGAUGCGUGUGGCUCCAAUAGCUGGAACAUGGUCGACGUUGACCUGCCACCGAACAAAGAGAACAAUCCUGGAAUUCUACUGCAGGGAUUGAAACCUUGGACACAAUAUGCCAUUUAUGUCAAGGCUGUUACCCUCACAAUGAUGGAAAAUCAUCAUAUUCAUGGAGCAAAAAGUGAAAUUGUCUAUAUACGAACUAAUGCUGCAGUGCCAUCCAUUCCCUUGGAUGUUAUUUCAGCAUCCAACUCCUCAUCCCAACUGAUAGUGAAGUGGAAUCCCCCUUCUCUUCCCAAUGGCAACCUCUCAUACUACAUCGUACGAUGGCAGCAGCAACCUCAGGACAGUUAUCUUUACAGACACAAUUACUGCUCCAAAGAUAAAGUCCCAAUUCGAAGAUAUGCUGAUGGGACCAUUGAUACAGAAGAAGCUACUGAACCCACCAAGCCAGAGGGCUGUGGGGGAGAAAAAGGAACUUGUUGUGCUUGUCCCAAGACAGAGGCAGAAAAGCAAGCAGAGAAGGAAGAAGCAGAGUACAGGAAAGUCUUUGAGAAUUUCCUUCACAACUCCAUCUUUGUCCCCAGACCCGAUCGGAAGCGAAGGGAUGUGUUCCGAAUCGCAAAUGCCACUUUGGCCACUCGAAACAGGAACACGACUGGGACAGAUCACUUCACCAAUGUAUCUGAUGCAGAGGAGAGCGAGGUGGAAUACCCAUUCUUUGAGACCAAAGUGGAUGGCAAGGAGAGAACUGUGAUCUCCCAUCUCCAACCUUUUACUCUUUACCGCAUUGAUAUUCACAGCUGCAACCAUGAAGCUGACACACUUGGUUGUAGUGCUUCCAACUUUGUCUUUGCAAGAACCAUGCCUUCAGAGGGAGCAGAUAACAUUCCAGGAACGGUAACAUGGGAAGCAAAAGAAGAAAAUACCGUCUACCUGAAGUGGUUAGAGCCUGCAAAUCCAAAUGGGCUGAUACUAAUGUAUGAAAUCAAAUAUGGGCAGCAUGGAGAGGAAAAGCGAGAAUGUGUUUCCAGACAGGAAUACAAGAAGCUUGGAGGAGCUAAACUAACUCAUCUGAACGCCGGAAACUAUUCUGCUAGAGUUCAGGCCACUUCAUUAGCUGGAAAUGGGUCAUGGACUGAGCCAAUCUCUUUCUAUGUGCAACCCAAAGCAGCAACCUAUGGAAACUUCCUGCACUUGAUAAUUGUGCUCCCUAUUGCUUUCCUGCUCAUCAUUGGGGGAUUACUGAUAAUGCUGUACGUCUUUAACAAAAAGAGGAACAGCGACAGACUGGGCAAUGGAGUGCUCUAUGCUUCUGUGAACCCCGAGUACUUCAGCGCUUCAGAUGUGUAUGUUCCAGACGAAUGGGAGGUGCCCCGUGAGAAGAUCACUAUGUGUCGAGAGCUUGGGCAAGGCUCCUUUGGAAUGGUGUACGAGGGAAUAGCCAAGGGAGUCGUGAAGGAUGAGCCAGAGACCAGAGUGGCCAUCAAGACUGUCAAUGAAUCUGCAAGCAUGCGUGAGAGGAUAGAGUUCUUAAAUGAGGCCUCGGUGAUGAAAGAGUUCAAUUGUCACCAUGUGGUUCGGCUGCUUGGUGUUGUUUCUCAGGGCCAACCUACGUUGGUUAUCAUGGAACUGAUGACACGUGGGGACCUCAAAAGUUACCUGAGAUCAUUGAGGCCAGACACAGAGAAUAAUCCUGGCCAGGCACCUCCAACUCUGAAGAAGAUGAUUCAGAUGGCAGGAGAGAUCGCUGAUGGGAUGGCAUACCUCAAUGCCAACAAAUUUGUUCACAGAGACCUUGCUGCAAGAAACUGCAUGGUGGCAGAAGACUUCACAGUGAAAAUUGGAGAUUUUGGCAUGACAAGAGAUAUCUACGAGACAGAUUAUUAUCGUAAAGGAGGGAAAGGUUUGCUGCCUGUCCGUUGGAUGUCCCCAGAAUCGCUGAAAGAUGGAGUCUUCACAACGCACUCCGAUGUCUGGUCUUUUGGUGUUGUACUUUGGGAGAUUGCAACGUUAGCGGAGCAGCCUUACCAAGGCAUGACCAAUGAACAAGUGCUCCGCUUUGUGAUGGAAGGAGGUCUGCUGGAAAAACCGGACAAUUGUCCUGAUAUGCUGUUUGAAUUGAUGCGCAUGUGCUGGCAGUACAAUCCGAAAAUGAGGCCCUCCUUCCUGGAAAUAAUUGGGAGCAUUAAAGACGAGCUGGAUCCAGCGUUCAAAGAGGUCUCCUUCUUCUACAGUGAAGAGAACAAGCCUCCAGACACAGAGGAGCUUGACUUGGAGACUGAAAACAUGGAGAGCAUUCCUUUAGAUCCCUCCUCCACCCUUCAGCCCACUGACAAGCACUCAGGACACAAAGCUGAGAACGGCCCAGGCGUGGUGGUCCUUCGGGCCAGCUUCGAGGAGAGACAGCCGUACGCACACAUGAAUGGGGGACGCAAGAACGAGAGGGCCUUACCGCUGCCCCAGUCUUCGGCCUGCUGAUCCUUAGACCCAGAAUCUCACAGAAAUAAAACACAUUGGGGGAAGAAAGUAAGGAAAAUACAAUAUGUUCAAAAGCCUACUGUACCUCAGUGGAUCUUCAGAACUGCCAUAGCUGCACUUGGGAGAACCCUUUUUUCAGUAAACGAGUUACCGUAUUUUUUCUUUUUUCGAUAUGCAAGCAGAUGUUUGUUUCAGUAAAGGACUCCAUUCAUGGGGGGCACACAGUCAGCCUUUUAAAACUCUAAUGUUAACACUUAAUAGCGACAGAAAACUUGAGAUCUGAUCUCUCUCUCUUUCUCUCUCUCUCCUCUCCUUUCUCUUUCUUUCUGUCUCUCUCUUUGCUUCAUAAUGGGAAACAUAUCUGCGUGCAAGUUCAACCGUACAGCACUUUUAUCAGAUCAAAGAUAUUGCAGGCCAGGUGGCUCCCGGUACCCGUGCGAGCACCUGCCCAACACUGUAGGUCUUUAUAAAAAAACAAACAAACAAACAAAAAAACAAACAAAAAAACACACAAAAAAAAUUAAAAAGACUGGAUUUUUAAUGUUGCUCUUUAAUCUUUUUAGGAACACGUAAAAGAAUAAAAAAGGGCCAUCAUUCGUCCAAGGUUGUUACCAUUUUCAACGCUGCCAAAUUUUGCCAAAAAAAAAAAAAAUGAACUGUUUUUUGUUUUUGUUUUGUUUUGGGGUUUUUUUGUAGGCAUGGAAGGAGCACAGUAAUCAACUGCUCUGUUUAAAAGAGAUCCUGACCAAUACGUUCGAUUCAAUCAUACACUGGUAUUUAAAAGCAAAUUAAAUAUAUCAAAUUGUCAGCUCUUUCUUCAAAACUGGACAAAAUGUGAUUAUUAUUUUUUUCUUGUGAUGGAGAAGAUAAAAGGGAUGGGGUAAAGAAACAGCCCUCCCUCCACCCCUGUCCCCAUCCCAAUGAAUUCUGGACAGAACUGGCAGUGCUGAGCUAAACAAAUGUGCAUUUCGUACAAAAAGUCAACCGCAUGCCAAAAAUGAAAUGCGAAAGUGACCGGCAGAGAUCUCCAUCGUUGCAGCCUGCCUUCCUUUACAGGCUUGCAAGGGAAAAAAACACCUAGAACCAUAAAUUGGAGAAGACAAAAAAAAGCAGUAACCGGAUUCAAGUAUAAAAUGCUUUGUUGACCUUUUCUCUUUAUUAUUAAGACUUCUCGAAGGGUCUUGCAGUUCUAUGUUAGACCAUGGAUCAUUUGCAUACACAUUGUCUUUUGUGUCACUUUUAUAACUUUUUUACAGUUCAGAUACUCAUCUAUAUGUCUGUACAGAAAAAAAGCUGCUAUUUUUUUUGUUCUUUAUCUUUGUGGAUUUAAUCUAAGAAAACCUUCAGGUCUGCCCUCCUUCCCUGCCCUCCCUUCCCCUCCCACUUCGAUGAAUUUCUUAUGCUUUGUACUAUAGUGUGUAACCUACUUCCUCCUCCCCAGGAACUGAUACCUUUCAUAUGAUUUGCCAUGAACUGUUUAAUGCCUUUUUAUAAAUACAUUUCCUCCUUUUUUUUUUUAAUUUUAUUUUAUUUUAUUUUAUUUUUCCUUCCAUUAGUUGUUUUACAACAUCUUGGCUGUGUGGGCUACAGGGCUUUUGAGGGGGACAUGGAGGAAGAAGGGACACCCCGCACGGAAACACUCUAGCAGUGCUGUGGUGUGGUGGUUUCGAACCCCAGUUUUCCUUCCUUCCCACUAACCUCUGCCCAGACAGCACGCGAGUCUCUUACAGUGCAAGGCAUGAUACAAACUCAGGUCAGAAAAAAAAGGUUUAAUAUUUAGUACAUUCUUGUUCAGUGUUGAUAUUCAUUGUUGUACAAGGGUCCUGCCCCUCCUUCCCUCCCUGCUUGUUUUGGUUGUGGCACACAUCCACCCCCAUCCCCACACACUCCCCACACACGUGUGUAUGUUUCUCAUUUGUUGGGUACAACAGUAGACACCGGGCUUUUGGGUCACCGAUUUUUCAGAAGGCUCUCCUGACCCUCCCGCCCGGUGGACACGAGCUGCGCCAGCGGUGCCGGCCAUCCUGAGGGUGCCCACUGAACACCCGGCUCCAGCAAAGCCCAGCUCUUCGCCUUGCUAAUGAGGAGGCCCUCGUGGAGGGCACCCUGGGCUGCUCUCUGCACCCCAGGUUGAAAAACCCAACCAAACCCAACCCACCAGGCCAUUUCUGUGAGGCUGAGUGGAAAGCUUGCAGCUGGGGACAGCAGCUUGGCUAGCAAACAGUUAAGUGUUGGCAGCUAUGGGAACCUGUUGGAGUACAAGCUUAUUGCUUAAAUCAUAGACCAAACCUGAGAACAAAAGCAAGUGAGUAGGCUUGUUUGUUCAGUUGCAGAAGCCUCGGUGAAAGGGGAAGGAGGGGGCUUCAGAAAAUCUACAACCAAGGAGUUGUACCAGUUGCUCGUCUGACGUUAGUUACAGCAUCUAAGCCUUUGUUUAGCACUGAUCCAACCAAAUGAUGGCAGUGAAGAGGUGGUUCUGGGAUGGAAGUAUUUGAAUCUUUGGAGUAAGAACAAAGAAUUGAAAUAUACUGAUUGCUAGUUUUGACUGGAGAUUUUAAAAAGUUUGUAAUGCUUUUUGCUUGUGUAGUUUAGGUCCCAUUAUCUUCUCUUGCCUCUGUCCCGUAGUUAUUUUUCCCUUUUGAAAAUGAAAAAGACAAAAAAGUUAAUUAAGAAGGUAUUCUAUGUAGGAUUUUUUUAUUUAUUUUUGUGAUAUCAGUUUCAAUCACUGUAGAGAUGCCCCAUAAUAAAUUUAAAUACUGAGAUAAGGGUUUUUGAGUAUGACAGGGGGACAGUUGUUGAUUUUGUUUUUCAAACAUUUAUCUACCUCACUCUUAUUUUUUUAUAUGUGUGUAUAUACAAAAAGUACAUCUCGCAUUUCUCAGCAGCCAAUAAAUGCCGUUGAUACUGGUAACCUCUCACUCCAUUAUACCACAUGCUCUAGGUUCUGGAGGGGAGCAGUCACUGCCUGCCACAAAGGGUCACUUCCGCAGAUUUGCCUCAGUUCCAAGGAGUUUCUCCAAGCUUUCGGUUCAAAUUCAUUAUUGUGAGGAGGAAUCCGAGAGUUGUCUGAGUUAGGGUGACCAUUCCUGAAGGAAAAACAAAGGCUUUUUACGGUGCUGUCAUGGCAGUCUCCAGGUCAGCCAUAAGACAUUGCGUGUUUAGGUGAGUGGAGACGCAGCUGACCCAGUAAGAGAACUUUAAAUUCUGGGUAUUUGAUGAAAUCUCUUAGAAAAAUGAAUUGCUUGCAGUGUUUGAAGGUCCAGAGGAACUGCUAGACGAAAGGGAAUGGUCUUUCUGUGGAACGGGCUAAGUCAUUACCAAUGCCACAAGCACCAAAAAGACGUUUAGCUGAAUCAGCACCCAAAAAUAAAUUGGCUCAGACAGCAAUAGCGUUGCUUUCUUGACCAAAACGCAGCUUAAAAACCUGUCACAGGCUGCCUGAUGAUACCAUUACAUCGAGUUCCCAGCGUUGGAUUCUCUGCUGCUUCUAUUUCAUGAGAGCACUGAUGUUUUUAUUUUUUCUUUUUUCAAAACUAACAUGGAAUUGAUUUCUUUUAAUGUGCCAGUAAAAAGUCAGUUCCCUUUUCUUCCCCCGUUUAUAUGCUUCAUAACUGUGGAUUCUGAUGGACCAGCCAUCACAUUUUAACUGCCCUCUGACAGCGUGUAACUGGUUUACAAGCACACAGGACUAACACGAGCUUGCCAUCAACUUGAUGUAUAGUGUUUCUCUUUUUCCAGCUCUGGCAGCUGUUCGUGCAGGUGUUGGUUGUGGUAUCUGAACAAUGUGGUGCUUUGGCUACUUCAAGUUUUUCGGGGCUUUUUGAACAUAGAACGCUGUGGUUAAAUGCUACAGAGUUUGUCUUUGCAGAGAGCGUUUGUCUAGCCCUGAGAAACCAACAAAAUUUGAAGUUUUUUACUUGGUUGUUCUGGUUUUCCUUUUUUUUUUUGUUAGGUUCCAGUGACCUUUUGGUGCAGUGACUGCUCCCCUCUCUUGCACAUAUUGAUUACCACAACUGGAGAUCCUCAGAUCUUUCAGCUGGCUAGGAGGGUUUUGUUAAAACUGUCCAAGUUAGUGGUUUUUAUAAUUGUAUGUAGGUGGUUUUAAAAUACAUUAGGAAGAAACACUAAUGACGUAGCACCCUUCAUGGUAAACUUUUCAAAAAGCACUUCGGUAGAAGACAGUCACGGGACGUCACGUACGCAUGUGUGAUGACAGUCAGCUCUCCUGGACCAAACCACCUUCAUGAUACCAUUGCGUUCUGUGUUUGCAGUUCAAGCUUAAAUCCUGUUUUGUUCUGUUUGUUUCCAUAGCUUUUUGUUGUUGUUGUGUUUUGUGCAUUUUGAAUAGCUUUAUUCACAUGGGUUUUUCAUGCAGCCUUCCCUUGGACAGUAAAUCAGGUUGUUUGUGCAUGUGAACAACUGAGAAUUGUUGUUGGCUUGAUAGAGUCCUAAUAUGGUUUGUAAUGUUGUUCUUCCCUGAGACCACUGGCUUGUCUGGUAUGGAAAAUUUAUUUAGAACUUCAGCUAUGUUUGAAUAAAGUCAAAGUAAUACGAUUUGCUUCUAAAUUAAAAACAAAAGCCCACCCAGCCCUGAAAACCAGCAUUUUCAUAAAUGGUACCAAGAUGUUUUAAUGCAGUAGGAUAACAAAUCGGCAUCACUGUGGGCAGCAGGGGGCUUUGUUUUUAGUGCUUGGCCGUUGUUCUCACCUGACUCGUGUAUAGAAGCUGCUCAGUGGCACAGAAGGUGGUUUGGUUGCAAAGGAGUGUGGCUCCUCUGUAAACCCAGAACAGUC